AUGAACGGCUACAAAAAGACUACAGAGCUGACCGACGCAGAUUGCUCUGAUGCACAUCAGAAAAACUAUCAACAGGCUGAUGCGUCAAGUGGUAAAGGCUUUCUGUAUAAGACAGCUGAGUGGACUAACAAAGAUGCGAAAGAAGCAAAAAUAACUCUUAUGGCACAGGAUGCGCUUCCACCAGAGAAGACGCGUUCUGCGGUGUACGCCUUCAAUAUAUGUGAGGCUCAUGGAUUUAGUAAGGACAUCGCAAAGAAGAACAUAGACUUUCUUUUAAAAAACUUUGAUCGCGUAGAUAUUGUGCGAACUGGUUUGUUUGACGAUGAGAGGGUCCAGACCAUAGAGAACAUAAAGUCUUUUAAUGACAUAAAGUGGCCGUCACCGGCGGCUGCGAGGGCGGCUGGAGCAUGGUCGUCCACGGAAGACAAAAUUGUUAGCUCUCACAGAAACAUUGGACUCUACGACGGUUUGAGGGAGUACUUGAGCGUUCAUAAACCGACGUGCAUCUAUGUGUCAUUUGAUCUGUUUUAUGUUGCGCAGAUAUCCUUUUCAUUAAAUAGUGUGUGGGAAGUACCUGAGGAUCCUACGACAGGUGUGAGAACCAUACUCGACGAAACGAUGCAAGCUCCAGAAUUAUUGAAAGGCGUUACGACGGCAAACGGUAUUCCGAAAACAAUGGAUGAGGACUGUUUUGACAUAUUAAAGCGCUAUAAAAAGGAAGGGCGCUACUUCUCUAUGGCCUGCGACUAUGACGGAAAGCCAGUAACCAAAGAUGGUGGGACGUAUGCGAUCGGUGGCGACCCGGAAAAUAUUGUGAAGAUAAAUGGGAAAGCGGAAAAAUUGGGGCGCGAGCGGUUCUUUUAUUCUGCAAAUAUAAUUGCUGCACUGGCAGAUCCAACCGUGUGGCCGGGUCGUGAGGCCGCGAAAAAGGGACUUUGGAACGGCGAGCCCUAUAAUCCUAUUAAUCCAAAAGAUUCAAAUCUUACUAUUGCGAAAGAAUUUUCUCAGAAAUUUCAAGGUUUCAAAGGUAUUGCACCCGACUAUCCAUACAAUAAGGAUUUUGCAACUAUAAAUAUUUCAACUAACAAAUGUUCCUUACGUAUAACAGACACGGUAGCAGACUAUUUCGAAAUCAUCGAAGCUACGUCAGAAAAUCCGAAAGCGCACAUUGAGGUUAAGGGCAAUACGGUGUCAGCGCUGCUAGAAGACUAUGACGGAACAGCGCCACUUAUCGUGACCAUAAGGGUUAAACUGUCUGAAAAGAAACGCGAUGUGCUCGAUAAAAUUAUGGAGAAAUGGAACGAUACUAACGCAGGACCAGCAAAGAUGUCUUUUUCCGGGGAUCGUGGAGAGGCUGAAACUGCUACGGUGAACUCUCCAAAAUUGUUUGUUCAUAUGGGGGAGCUGUCUGCGUUAGGUCAAGGUCGCCUAAGUUAA